AUGAAAUUCUUCAUUGCUUUCGCUGUCCUCAUCGCAGGCAUCAGUGCUGUACCGCACCAUGACAUUAAUUCAAUCGAUUUUUCUAACGAGCGUUUGGUGACUGACGCCAUUGAGGAUGUCAUCGAAGAAGUCAGCCAAGCCAUCAAGGACGCUGGCCUGGACCCCUUCCACAUCAAGAGAGAAGACUUCAACUACGCACUCCCAGUACCAGAGCUCUUUAAAAUUGAUGCCUACAUUGAUGAAGUUCUGAGCACUGGACUGAGUAACAUCAAGACCAACAGGCUGUACUACAGCGUUCUCCUCUCUCGUCUCUACUUUGACCUUGAGCUGCCUCUUAUUCACUUUUCUCUCGGUGGUGCCAAAGCUGACGCAGUUUUAUUCAACCACGACCUUGGCGCCAGCGGCUCUGGAAGCGUCGACGUUGAGAGUAUCCGUGUUGUUGGUGACAUCGACAUUUACUUGGGCAUCAUCACUGGUGUUUCUGUCCAAAGCAUCGACAUUUCUUUCACUUUGGGUGACAUUAAGUCUAAUGCCAACCUAGUCAUCUUGGGCGAAGACUACUCCGAUGACUUCAACAACUAUGUCGGAGGAGUCGUUCCUGAGACCAUCAAGGCUCAUUACAAUGAAAUCAACGAACUCUUUGAAAUUGUGAUCCUGGACCUGAUCAACGAACAUCUGUGA